AUAUGAAAGCAUCCGAAAAGUACAAAUAUAAAAACCUGCCACGACUAAAGGAAAUGUUACGUAAGCGUCACCUUCCAAUCGGUGGGAAUAAGAACGAGUUGGUUGAUAGAUUGAAGUUAUCAGAUCUCAAUGUUUCAGAGUUAAAAAUCAAACUUAAGAAGGAAGGUCUUUCGGUUAAUGGUUCCAAACCCGAUUUGGUGAAGCGACUACUGAAGGUCAGGGGGAAACGUACAAAGAACUGUGAUCAAAUUGAAGUUCCCGUUACUACUAUGGCAGUCAAACCAGCGGGUAAUCCAUGGAAGGUUCCGCUAUUGAUGAAAUGUGGUGGGUGUGGUCAGAGCGUUCCUAACAGUGAUAAGUUGUCUCAUCUUGAUAGCUGUUGGUUUACCAAUGAUGGUCCAUCUGAUGUUUAUUUAUUGCAUGCUCGAAGUGUUAACUGGGCUG